AUGUCGGCGCCACGGCUGAAGCUGAGGGACGACUACCAGGUGGUGAGCACCUCGGCCAGGCGGCGGGGCGGCUGCGGCAGGGCCGGUGCGCUGCGGCGCCGGGCCGCGGGCGGCGCGGUGGGCAGUGCGGAGGGCGGUGCGCGCGGGCCCGGGGCGGUGCGGUGGCAGUGCGCGGAGGCGCUGCGGUGGGCGGUGCGCUGGCGGGCGCUGCGGGUGGCGGUGCGACGGGCGGUGCGGUCGAGGGCGGUGCGGUGGGCGCGUGCGCUGCGGGCCAGGGCGGUGCGGUGCGGCAGUGCCAGCGCGGGCGGUGCGGUGGGCGGCAGCGCGGCGGUGCGGCUGCGGCCGGGCGGUGCGGGGCGGUGCGGAGCGGCGCUGUGCGCUGCGGGCCCGGGGCGGUGCGCGGGCGGUGGAGCGCUGCGUGCGGCCUGGGCAGUGCGGCACGCUGCCAGUGGCGGCGCAUGCCGGCGGGCCGUGCGGCAGCUGCGUGGAGGCGGCUGCGCCACGUGCAGCGCGGCGCGUGGGCAGUGCGAGAGCUGCGGUGCGCUGAGCGACGCGCUGCGCCUGGGCGUGCGUCAGGCGCUGCCGUGUGCAGUGCGGUCAUCGCUACCGUGGCCCGGUGCGGCGCCUGCAGCCGGUGCAUCGCCACACACGCGGGGCGACCUCGACAGGCGUACGCACAGCUGCAUCGGCGUGGCCAACGUGUACAACUUCCCCUCCGCCUUCCUCUUCUUCAUCGAGACCGAGGCCACCAUCGGCUACGGCUACCGCUACAUCACCGACAAGUGCCCCGAGGGCAUCAUCCUCUUCCUCUUCCAGUCCAUCCUGGGCUCCAUCGUGGACGCCUUCCUCAUCGGCUGCAUGUUCAUCAAGAUGUCCCAGCCCAAGAAGAGGGCCGAGACGCUGAUGUUCAGCGAGCACGCCGCCAUCUCCAUGCGGGACGGGAAGCUCACCCUCAUGUUCCGCGUGGGAAACCUCCGCAACAGCCACAUGGUCUCGGCGCAGAUCCGCUGCAAGCUGCUCAAGUCCCGGCAGACCCCGGAGGGUGAAUUCCUGCCGCUGGAUCAGCUGGAGCUGGACGUGGGCUUCAGCACCGGGGCUGACCAGCUCUUCCUGGUGUCCCCCCUGACCAUCUGCCACGUGAUAGACUCCAAGAGCCCGUUCUAUGACCUGUCCCAGCGCAGCAUGCAGACCGAGCAGUUCGAGAUCGUCGUCAUCCUCGAGGGCAUCGUGGAGACCACGGGGAUGACGUGCCAAGCCAGGACGUCCUACACGGAGGACGAGGUGCUGUGGGGCCACCGCUUCUUCCCCGUCAUCUCCCUGGAGGAGGGCUUCUUCAAGGUGGAUUACUCGCAGUUCCACGCCACCUUCGAGGUGCCCACCCCUCCCUACAGCGUGAAGGAGCAGGAGGAGAUGCUGCUCAUGUCCUCGCCCCUCAUCGCGCCCGCCGUCGGCAACAGCAAGGAGAGGAACAGCUCGGUGGAGUGCCUGGACGGGCUGGACGAGGUGGGCACGAAGCUGCCCUCCAAACUGCAGAAAAUCACCGGCAGGGAGGACUUCCCCAAAAAACUCCUCAGGAUGAGCUCCACCACGUCGGAGAAGGCCUACAGCAUGGGGGACCUGCCCAUGAAACUGCAGCGCAUCAGCUCGGUGCCCGGCAACUCCGAGGAGAAGCUGGGCUCUAAGACCACCAAGAUGAUGUCGGAUCCCAUGAGCCAGUCGGUGGCCGAGCUGCCGCCCAAGCUGCAGAAGCUGUCGGGGGGCGGGAGGAUGGAAGGGAACCUGCCCCCCAAACUGCGCAAAAUGAAUUCCGACCGCUUCACAUAGCCCAGGGCGCCGGGGGCGACCGCGGGGAGCUGCGACUGCUCCGGGGAGGGCAGCGGGGCCGGGAGGGGCCCCGGCACCGGAGGGGGGUGCGGAACUCUGAGGUCUGGAGGCAGGAGAUGCCCCCCGGGCGGCGCCGGGGGCGUUGGCAUGUACCAUCACACCACGCAUGCGAUACCAGUGUGCCAUCCCUGCAUAUCGUCCUGUGGCAUGACUCCCACUGUAGUGACACUGUACAGCCCCAAAAAGCGGGGAGGGGCCCCCUCCCCCCGUACCCCUGAAGGAGUAGGGACAACACGCGAGCGGGGAGCUUUCAGGGUAAGUUAUGACUUGACUCGGGUUUUUUUUUCUCUCCUGGUGUGGGUCGUGACGAUUUGUCCAACCAAGUAGUUCUGGUGCAUGUCUAUUCUUUCUUCGAGGGAGGUGUGUUAGUGAAUUCCUGACACCGACUCUGCUGGCCUUAAAUCAACUGCUGGUUUCUAGUUUGCUUUGAGGUUUUCUUGGGGGUUUGUUUCCUACUGGGAAAAAAACCAAAUCUGUAUUUCCUAAGGCUUUGUUUAGAGAAGAAACUUGUAUUUAUAAGUCUAGGCAAGACAAUGAAUAAAUGAAUAAAAAUUCACACUUUAGAUACGAUUAGUAAAAACUUUUUAAACCUUUGUGAUUUAUAAUGUAUGUGCAAGAAAGCCGUUUGAAAUAAGCAGGAUGUGCUUGCUUUCUCAUGUUGAUGACAUAGCUGGACAUGAAACAAGCUGAAUGUCUCCACGAAGCCGAGCAGGCUCUUCUGCUGGAUGAACUGCACCCCAAAGGCAGAGCCACCCUUCCCCCUGUCCCUCCAGGCUCGGAUUUCCCUCCUCUUGCUGUGCUGGCAGCUGUGCCAGCAGCCCUGCAGGCCGUGGUGGUCCCCAGCCCGGGUAGGCUCCUUGCUGCUUUUGCUGUGGUGAAAAUGCUGUUUAACCGUGCUCUGAACUGAAGUUGACCCUGUGGGUUUCAAAAUGAGUCGUGCUUUGUGCAGAUGUUGGGAUUGGUGUCCUCUGUGCUCGGGUUUCCUCUGUCUAUCCUGUUUGGCUCCGGGGUGGGCUGAGUGUUGUGUGGGUGCCCCGUCAUCGUGGCUUCUGCUGGGGGAGCACCCUCCCCAAAAUUCCAAAGGUCAGCUGUUGAGGUGCCCGUGGAUCCUGUGGGCUGUGUUUGGGGGCCAGUCCUUUGGCUCUUUCCUGGAGCAGGAGGUCUGGGGUGGAUGGAGCCGUUGGUGGCACCAUCAGUGGUCUGGGUAGGAAAGCUGCUGCCAAGAGCACCCAGGAGAGGGGCUCUGUGGGAUGUCCUCUGUGUGUAAAACCCUCUGGACCACAUCCAGGUGGUCCCAGGCAUGGACAGGUGAGGGUCAGAGGAGCACCCUUGGCUUCAUUAAUGGAUGGGCCCUUCUGGCUCCUGGGCCCUGGCCCAUCCUGCACAAAUGCUGGCACGUGCUACCCAACUGGUAACAAAUCUGAGGGUCUUGGAGGGGUUGUUAGAAAUGUUGGCAUGGAGCAAGAAGCCUGAAGCCCAGCACACUGCUGGGGGCUGGCUCAACUCUCCUUGGAAGUUGCAGUGUAUGACCUGUCAGCUGUACACCCAAGGACUUUGUGUGAACUUCCAAAGUUCCUUUCAUCAUUUCUCCCCCUUUUUGAGUGGCCCUGCAUGUUCUUCACACCCGUGGCUGCCCCUCAGUGCUCUGCACGUGGCUGUGAGGGGCAGGGCUGACCUGUGCUCCACAUGUGCUCAGCCACGGGAAAACCUGGGCUUGUGCUCCCCUUUUCCCAGCACUCCUUCAGGUUGUCUUGUAAAAUACCCCUGACUUUUGUAGCUGUUCCCUCAGUCCUUGGCUGGCACCAGGAAUAGCCAUGUCCCUUUUCCAGGUGUCCCCAGCAAGGCCACCACCCAGCCCAGCCCAGCCCAGCAAGCCAAGGGCAUUGCCCAGCCUGGGAACCAGCCCAGGAGCCCCCCAGCAGCCUGGGCACAGGGGUCUGGCUGGGAAAGGAGGGUCUCCAGCAGCUCCACCCCUCCUCAAAGCUCCUUUGGUUUAUUGGGGUGAGUGGGGAGCAGUGGCUCCUUCUGGGGGCUGUCAGAGUGUGACCCCACCAACCACUGCCCUUGUGUGACACUGGACUAGGUGGUCAUUGCAGUCCCUUCCAAAUGAAAUACUCUGUUCUUAUUCUAGUCUAAUUCUGUCCUAUUCUUAAUCUAUUCUAUUCUUAUUCUUAACCUGUUGUUCUUAUUUAUUCUAUUUUCUAUUCUUAUCCUUGAUCUAUUUUUAUUCUACUCCUAAUAUAUUCUAUAUUCUUAUUCUAUUAAUUCUAUUCAUAUUCUAUUCCCUAUUCUUAUUCUUGAUCUAUUUUCUAUUCUUUAUUAAUUCUAAUUCUAUGUUCAUUCUAUUCCUUUUUGAUUAUGUUCUUAUUCUAUUCUAUAUUAAUUCUCUGUUUAUUCUAGUCUCCUAUUCUAGUAUUCUAUCCCAUCCCAUCCCAUUUUAUUCCCUUCUGCUUUGUUCUCUUCCAUCCCCUGCUCUGCUGCAGUUCUGUGAGUGGUCCAGGAGCUCAGGUGCAAUUUGGGGUCCCCUGGGGUGUCCCACCUUUGCUGAGCUCUCCUGCCAGCACCCUGGGGUGGCUCAUGGUCCCCUUGGCUUUUCUCUGUGUCCCAGGGCCUCCUGCAUCCUGCCUGCCCAAAUCCCGGGGUUCCCAAGCCUGCAGCAGGAGAGCCAAGUGGCCUUUUCCUUUGGGAACCCUCGUGCUGAAUGUGUGGACAGAGUGAAUGAGGGAGGAGCCACCUGGGUGUGCUCCCCAAACUGGACUGAGAGCAGGUGUCAGGGAGCUGGAAAAUGUCCCACCAGUGUGGGAGACGCUGGAGAAGGGGCCUCAUUUUUAUUAAAUUAAUGCCAUGCAGAUACUGAGCUGUGAUUUGAUUUUUGUAACUCAAAGCACUCACCCAUCCCUGCUGGGUACAGAGUUCCUGAGGUCUGGGGGCUGCAUUAAGGUGACAAUGAGGUGUCUUUAAUAAGAGGUAAAGUGCAAACACGGACAACGACUGUCUUUAGUUAUUUAUUUUAGGAAGUCACUUGUGGUUAAUAUUUCAUUUUUUGUUGGUGUGGGCACUUUGUUUUUAACCAGUUACCAUUUGAGCCCAGCCCUGAUGCUUCUGCUAAUUAAAGGUACUGUUUGAUUGCACAGCCGGUCUGUGUCUCCUGCUGAAUUUACGCUUGGGUUCUCCUGUAAAUUGUACAUAUUGAGAUCAAAUAAAGAAACAAAGAAAUGCAUUUUCAGCAUGCAGCCUCUCACUGUAUCAAUGGACACAUUGAUCCAGAAGAACAAACUCUUGUAUUAAUGCUGCAAGCUCAGUUUUAUCUAAAGCUCUAUUAAACUUUCACCAGCCGGUGGGUUUGAAGGUGUUUGUUGUUUCUCCACUUUUUAGCACCUUAAUAAAGGACUUUCAGCUGCUCA